CAAGACAUACAUUGCGCCACGGCUGCACAGCUAGAAGCGAGAGCAGACAGAGAGACGCGGACGGAACGAUGGCUAGACUAUUGAAGAAAGCCGGUGAUUUCGUGCUGGAUGUUGCUGCGACGCAGUACAAGCGGAGCAUGACCAGGAAGCUCAAUGCGUUUGGGCUCAAGUUUGACGACCUCAUGAUGGAGGAGGACCCCGACGUGGCGGAGGCCGUGCGGCGCCUGACCCCGGAGCAGCAGCUCGCGCGCAAGCGCCGCCAGUUAAGGGCGUUCGACAUCUCCCUCAAGAAGACCCCGCUGCCAGACCACAUCCAGGCCGUACAGGACCCCUUCGAGCCGUACUUGCAGGACAUCAUCAAAGAAGUGCGGGAGGAGAGGCUCGAGAGGGAGCUGCUCAACCAACGGUGAUGGGUGGUACGAUAACGAGCGAGAAGGGCGAUUUCGUGGGCGUGGGGGCUCGCGCAAGAUGCGUGUGCGUGGAAUUGCCAGUAAGGCGGUUUCAUCCACGGGCUGAAUCAUUAUCGAUCUCGGAGUGAGGGGUCGCUGAGGGCUGGAUCCCACCUUGGGAUUGGAAAGGGGGAGGGAGAGGGGUUGUUGGAAAGAGUCUGAUCGUUUGUACUUGUCUACCCCGCACCUCAACAGCUCUCGUUGUCUCGCGUGAGUGGGCGUAUGUUUUUUAAGACGAAUCUUGCAUCGAUCAGCACCCCUUGCAGAUUUAGGCCUUCAUCAUGUAGGUGGGAGAUGACAUGAUCUGGCGCAGCAAGAUCGUUUUUUGUCGUAGGCCGGCUGGGAACAAGUUUGUUGGCAGCGAGGUUCAGCUUAAACGUGCGGCAGCACCUCCCUUGGGGGUGUUUGUGCAAACAUCUGCCCAUCUACGACACCUUUUUUUAAACCAUAUCUUUGGAGGAUUUUUCGUUGUUUCGCCUUUCUCGCUUAAGCAAUCUGGGGGCACUUAUAACGUCCACCUUGCAAGUACAGAUGACCACAUGAGCACAGAAUCUUGGCCGUGGACGGGGGGGGUGGCUGGCGUUGGCGGCAGAGUCGGAGAUUUGAGACGAAACCGUUGCUGCUGAGAGAGCGAAAGAGAGGUCGGGAACAGGAGCGCGCGUUUUUGCAAUCCAUUGAUUGUGAAGGAGAACCACAGUCCAAACAUCCAACGGGGUGGAGAUUAGGGAGGAGAACGGACACCGUCGCGUGCCCCCGUGCCCCAGACUGCCUCCCGCCUCAUCGGUCGCAAAGCCGUUACAUGCAUGGUUGGCGAGUCUUCUUAUCUAUCUGUUUCGCCGUUUGGGAGGAUGGAUCCAAAUACGUGCGUAUCCCGGCACCUUCUACCUACACCUAUGCAGCAUGUAGCGACUCGUCGAAGGUUUCACCCGUGCAACCUAUGCGGUGCUGCAGUCCCAUUGUUUCUCGUACUUGGUCCGUAGGUGGCGAUUGGGAGAGGCGUGUGGACGGAAAAGAAAAUGUCUGCGGCUUGCUCAUCACGCAGCCGUC